AGACGCUCUCCUGGCGCCAGUACAAGACUUAAGCCAAAUUGGACCUGGUACCAGGGGAACUGAGUAGACAGAACCUUUCAGGGAAAGGGUUAAGAAAACUGAAAACAAGAGAAGAAUUGUUGAUUUUCAUCUCCUACAAGAUUUAGGUUUCUCCAAUCCAGGAUCCUCUGCUGAUAUCUUCUAUAUAAGAGAAUUCUCCUGGAUGACCCAUCAAUCAUGGAGAGAGACAGGAACAAGAUGGCCGACAGAAUCAUAAACCUCACCCUACAGAUACUCUUCCGGCUUACUGGAGAGGAUUACACAGUAGUGAAGAAAUCCUCUAGUGGGCGCUGUCGGGCCCCUGUGUGUGAAGGAUGGGGAGGAAAUGGAUGAACAGAAGAUCCGAGAACUCAUCAACAAGAUGAUGGAGCUGCUGCCUGGAGAGGUUCCUAUAAGGUGUCAGGACGUGGCGGUCUAUUUCUCCAUGGAGGAGUGGGAGUAUGUAGAAGGACACAAGGAUCAGUACAAGGAUCAGGUCAUGAUGGAGGAUCAGCAGCCCCUCACAUCACCAGUCAGAUCCAGUAAGAGAACAGCACCAGAGAGGUGUCCCCGUCCUCUUCUUCCACAGGAUGAUCAGGGAGAAGAUCCGAACAAUAUUAAUGCUCCAGAGACAGAUGUGAGCGGUGAUGAGCAGUAUAAAGAGGACAUUCCUACAGGGAAAGAUCUGAACAAUAUUUAUGCUACAGAUAUGAAGGAAAAAGAAGAGACAGAUUUGAGCGGUGAUGAGCAGAAUAAGGAGGACAUUCCUACAGGAAAAGAUCUGGACUAUAUUAAUGCUACCGAUAUGAAGGAGGAAAAAGAGACAGAUGUGAGCAGUGAUGAGCAGUAUAAUGAGGACAUUCCUACAGGGAAAGAUCUGAACAAUAUUAAUGUUACAGAUAUGAAGGAACAAGAAGAGACAGAUGUGAGCUGUGAUGAGCAGUACAAUGAGGACAUUCCUACAGGAAAAGAUCUGAACAAUAUUAAUGCUACCGACAUAAAGGAAGAAGAGACAGAUGUGAGUGGUGAUGAGCAGAAUAAGGAGGACAUUCCAACAGGAAAAGAUCUGGACUAUAUUAAUGCUACCGAUAUGAAGGAAGAAGAGACAUAUGUGAGUAGUGAUCAGCAGUAUAAUGAGGACAUUCCUACAGGGAAAGAUCUAAACAAUAUUAAUGCUACAGACAUAAAGGAUGAAGAAGAAGAUACAGAUGUAAGCGGUGAUGAGCAGUAUAAGGAGGGUAACUGCCCAGAUUCUUGUAGCAGGAGAUCAGAGGAGAAUCUUAUAUCUUCAGAUUAUAAAGCAGAUGAUGAUAUCACACAAGAUACAUAUGAAGAACAUUCCAUUAUCCCAGAUACACCCUCAGCCCUUCACAGCCAAGAUCUCUCAUCUCAUCCUUAUAUACAGGUCCUGUCUUCUCAUUCAUCACAGGAUGUUCAAUCAGAGGAGAAUCUUAUAUCUUCAGAUUAUAAAGCAGAUGAUGAUAUCACACAAGAUACAUAUGAAGAACAUUCCAUUAUCCCAGAUACACCCUCAGCCCUUCACAGCCAAGAUCUGUCAUCUCAUCCUUAUAUACAGGUCCUGUCUUCUCAGUCAUCACAGAAAGGUCACAGAAGGGGUGUUGGACAACAAGCUCAGAAAUCAUAUUCAUGCUCAGAAUGUGGGAAAUGUUUUACUAAGAAAUCAAGCUUUGUUGAUCAUCAAAAUAGUCACACAGGAGGGAAGCCAUUUUCAUGUUCAGAAUGUGGGAAAUGUUUUUCUCAGCAAUCAAGUCUUGUUAAACAUCAAAGAACUCACACAGGAGAGAAGCCAUUUUCAUGCUCAGAAUGUGGAAAAUGUUUUUCUGAUAAAUCAAGUCUUGUUACACAUCAAAGAACUCACACAGGGGAGAAGCCAUUUUCAUGUUCAGAAUGUGGAAAAUGUUUUACUUGGAAAACAUAUCUUGUUCAUCAUCAAAAAACUCAACGGGAGAAGCCAUUUUCAUGCUCAGAAUGUGGAAAAUGUUUUUCUCAGCAAUCAAGUCUUUUUACACAUCAAAGAACUCACACAGGGGAGAAGCCAUUUUCAUGUUCAGAAUGUGAAAAAUGUUUUACUGCAAAAUCAAAUCUUGUUUAUCAUCAAAAAACGCACACAGGGGAGAAACCAUUUUCAUGUUCAGAAUGUGGAAAAUGUUUUAUUGAUAAAUCGGGGCUUGUUUAUCAUCAAAAAACUCACACAGGGGAGAAGCCAUUUUCCUGUUCAGAAUGUGGAAAAUGUUUUACUGGGAAAACAAAUCUUGUUUUACAUCAAAGAACUCACACAGGGGAGAAACCAUUUUCAUGUUUAGAAUGUGGGAAAUGUUUUGCUCACAAAUCAAGUCUUGUUACACAUCACAGAACUCACACAGGGAAGAAGUCAACUCAGACUUCUUCAGGAGGAGAUGGGUUAGGACACAGAACUGGGAGAGAUAUGACCUGGUUGAUGUUUGAGAAGCCUAUAAGGUGUCAGGACGUGGCGGUCUAUUUCUCCAUGGAGGAGUGGGAGUAUGUAGAAGGACACAAGGAUCAGUACAAGGAUCAGGUCAUGAUGGAGGAUCAGCAGCCCCUCACAUCACCAGUCAGAUCCAGUAAGAAAACAGCACCAGAGAGGUGUCCCCGUCCUCUUGAUGAGCAGAAUAUGGAAAAUAUAGAUCUGAUCUAUAUUAAUGCUCCAGACAUAAAGGAAGAAGAAGAGGAGACAGAUGUGAGCCGUUAUGAGCAGUAUAAGGAGGACAUUCCUACAGGGAAAGAUCUGAACUAUAUUAAUGCUUUAAACAUAAUAGUAAAAGAAGAAGAGACAGAUGUGAGCGGUGAUGAGCAGUAUAAGAACAUUCCUACAGGGAAAGAUCUGAUCUAUAUUAAUGCUCCAGACAUAAUAAUAAAAGUAGAAGAGCAGACAGAUGUGAGCGGUGAUCAGCAGUAUAAAGAGAACAUUUCUACAGGUAACCACCCAGAUUCUUGUACCAGGAGAUCAGAGGAGAAUCUUAUAUCUUCAGAUUAUAAAGCAGAUGAUGAUAUCACACAAGAUACAUAUGAAGAACAUUCCAUUAUCCCAGAUACACCCUCAGCCCUUCACAGCCAAGAUCUGUCAUCUCAUCCUUAUAUACAGGUCCUGUCUUCUCAGUCAUCACAGGAUGUUCAGCAAAAAGAAGGUCACAGAAGGGAUGUUGGACAUGAAAGAGAUCAUACAGAAAAGAAACCAUAUUCAUGCUCAGAAUGUGGGAAAUGUUUUACUUCUAAAUCAAGUCUUGCUACACAUCAGAGAUAUCACACAGGAGAGAAGCCAUUUUCAUGUUCAGAAUGUGGGAAAUGUUUUACUCAGAAAUCAGACCUUGUUGUACAUCAAAGAACUCACACAGGAGAGAAGCCAUUUUCAUGUUCAGAAUGUGGGAAAUGUUUUGCCCAUAAAUCAGAUCUUGUUAAACAUCAAAGAACUCACACAGGGGUGAAGCCCUUUUCAUGUGCAGAUUGUGGGAAAUGUUUUACUGAUCAAUCAAGUCUUAUUCAACAUCAAAGAAGUCACACAGGGGAGAAGCCAUUUCCAUGUUUAGAAUGUAGAAAGUAUUUUACUGACAAAUCAAAUCUUCUAAGACAUCAAAGAACUCACACAGGGGAGAAGCCAUUUUCAUGUUCAGAAUGUGGGAAAUGUUUUGCUCGGAAAUCAACUCUUCUUCAGCAUCAAAGAACUCACACAGGAGAGAAGCCAAUUCAGAGCAGUAAAUGAUGCAGACAACACAUCUAUAUAUUAUCCAUGUACAUAGGAUAUCUGACAUUUAUACAUAUAUUAUAUACUGCAUCUCCAAACUUG